CAACACCAAGAGUGUGAAGAAGACACAAGGGAAAGCACAACGCCAACUCUAAGACAAUUAUCACUGAACUUGUCCAGACUGCUACAGAAUCCUUCGUUCAGUGUGCUCUUGAGGAAAUAACAGCUCGGUAGAUGGAAGAGGACUUGUCUUCUCUUGCUCGUCCAGCUGUUGAUUGAAACCAAGGCACAGAUCAUCCACCGUUGAUCAAACAACAAUCAUGGCUUCAUACAAGUCGACCUUCAAUUCCCCUCGAUCCUCUCCAUUUCGCCGUCCUGCCUCUCCAGGAUCUCCGACUGUCGCAAGCCGAACACCAAACACACCUCCCACAAACAAAAGCGGUGCCUCUCCAAUGACUUCCCCUUCCAAACUCAAACACACCUACACCGUGUCAGAGGAAGAGGAGGAGGACGAGAUGAUUUCCACACCCUCCAAGAUAAACAACGGACCCAUGUCCUACAGACGAGCGCAGACAGAACCUCCUCCGUCACCAACUGCCCACAGACUAUCUUCUCCCCAAAAGCAUGACAACAGCAGAGUAUCAGCUUCUUUCAACACGUCUCGAGAACCUCGCAGACUCGUCUCAAACGGUCUGUCGCAGAAUGACAACCUCUCCAAACUCCCACCCCAACUCCUCCACAACAUGCGCGAGUCAUUCUCCGUACUCGACUCUAACUCGAACGGCACAAUCGAUGCUGCCUCCGUCGCAGAAACCCUACAGUCUUUGGGUCUUCAUGAGAGCAACCUGGCUCAAUUCUUCCCAUCAGCUCAGCCGCAAAAUCUGUCUCUGCCUCAAUACCUCAGCCAACUGGCCAACAUCCUUGUCGGUCUAUCCCCUCAACAAGAACUGCUUAACGCCUUCUCCGCCUUCGACGACGACGACAGUGGCCAGAUUGACAUAGCAGAAUUGCGAUCCGCCCUACUCAACACGGCUCCAGAUCCAGGUGAGCGACCGCUCAGUGAAAAAGACAUUGACCGAGCUAUGGAAGGGUUCACCGGCAGAAGGAUCCUGGGCAAAAAUGUGAUCGGCAUAGCCGGUGUACGAGGUCUGAACACGCCCGCUCCCAAGAAAGGAGGUGAUGUCUUUCGAUAUCAAGAGUUUGUAGCGAAUUUGGCGGGCGGUCCUGCUACAGAACAAGCUCAAGGCGUUCAGGCGCGAUAGAUCGAUGGAUUUUGGGACGAUUGGACCAUCUGUACAAAUGGGCUCGUCCCACCUGGCGUUGCGCUCUCCUACGAUGAUGCGUUCGAAGUCAGGGAGAAGUGUCAAGUUGAUGGGUAAUAAAUGACUAUGAUUAUGAUGGCGAGUGUCCACAAGAAAAUGACACAAAUGCAAGUAAACUCUUGAAUGUAUCUCCAGUCUUCCCUGGUUC